AUGACGAAUCUUGGAGAUGUCAAACAUUUUCUGGGAAUCGACAUACGACGAGAAAAUGGAAGCUACUCUUUGUGCCAGCAGAAGUUUGGAUUGGAAAACGCGAAACCAUCAAAAAUUCCCUUGGACCCGGCACACCUACAGCAGAAGGAGGAGGAGGAGGAUGAUCGACUUCCGAACAACAGAAACUUCCUCAGUCUCAUCGGAGGUCUACUGUACGUGUCCGUUCACUCUCGCCCUGAUGUGUCAGCUAGCGUGUCCAUUCUAGCUCAGAAGUCAAGUCGUCCGACACAGCGAGAUUGGCAAGAAGCGAAACGGGUUUUGCGUUACCUGAUUGGAACCAGUUCACAUCGCCUACAUCUAGGAGCCACUCAAACCGGUCUGGAAAUGUAUGCUGAUGCCGAUUGGGCUGGUAACCAUCGUGACCGGAAAUCUAAUUCUGGUUUCUUGAUACGAUUCGGAGGAGGUGUCGUUAGCUGGGGAUCUCGCCGACAGACUUGGGUGUCCCUAUCUACCACCGAAGCGGAAUUCAUCGCACUCACCGAAGGUUGUCAAGAGCUAACUUGGGUGAAGAAGCUUGUGACCUGCUCCAAAGUCACAAUCGGCAUAGGGGGAGAAGUGCCGUCCUCGGAAAUGGUUAUUGUCCCUCCUGUGCCGGCCUGUCCGGAGCUCCGAAGCUCGGUAGCAGCACCAGGGGGCCACCGGAUCACUAACUGCAGUGGGAACUGCACGCACUACUCGGCUUGCUCGUUUGCUCACCGACCGACUGACUGA